AUGACGCCUCCGUCAAACAUCGCCGGUGAAUGGAAGAAGCGGUCCGUUGUUUCCUGUUUCAUUCUGAAGCUCGACGACGGCCAGCCCCGAGUUGCAUUUUUUCGACGCAGCGACAAAGUGUCAACCUACCGACACAGCCAUCAUCUCGCCCCAAUAUCCGGCAGCGUCGACGUGGCCGACGGGUCCCCCCUUGCUGCAGCUUGGCGGGAGCUCGCCGAGGAGACUACCCUCACAACUGACUCACUGUCGCUCCUUCGCCAGGGCAAGGAGUACACAUUUCAAGACCCCUCGGUCAGUCGCGAGUGGACCAUCUUCCCGUUCCUGUUCCGUCUCAAGACGCCCGCGGACGAACAGCGCAUUCGCACCGACUGGGAGCACGAGGGGUGGGCUUGGCACGACCCUGGGGCCGUCAUCAGGGGCGAUGGGCUAGGGGGCCUGAACCGGGUGCCCCGGCUGGACGAGAGCCUGCGGCGAGUGUGGUUCGAAACGGAUCUCGGACCGGAGGCGGGCGAGGUCCUUUCCCGUGGGCUGGACGCGCUGGCUCAUGACCAUGAGAGCGGGGCUCGGCAACUAGCGGACGCGGCACUUCAGACGCUCAGAGGAGUAAUCGCGGGGAUGAAUACAAGGGAUCGUGAACCGGAUGUAUGGUGGGUGACGGUGCGGUUUGCGGCCUGGCAUCUGUGGAAGAACGGCAGGGAGAGCAUGGGCGCGCCCAUCAUGAGCGCCUUGUUGGCUGUGCUGUCGGGAAUCGAGCGGGUGCUGGAAAAGGGUCAACAAACAGACCAACUACGGGGGGCCGCUCUUCGCGAACUAGACGCCCAUGUUGCAGCAAGGAAGGAGUCGGUGGACCUGAUCUCACGAGCCGUCGCUGCAUACGUUGAAGACACCUUCCGGUCGAGGCGGGGCUCACAUAAACCAAUUUGCAUCCUGACGCUCUCCGAAAGCUCGACAAUUCGGCAAGCCCUACGACGCGUGGCUCUCGAGUCUAGCUUUCACCUCGAUCUCCGCAUUCUCGAGUCCCGCCCAUUGUAUGAGGGCGUGUCGUUGGCUGGAAAACUGGCCGAGGACUUGUUCGCGGCGGCCCCUCCGGCGACUGGAACACAUAGCAUAACACUUUACACAGAUGCCUCCGCUGCCCUCGCGGCCUCCGACGUCGACUUGGUUAUAAUUGGAGGCGACCGGGUUGCCGCGUCUGGGGAUGUUAGCAAUAAGACGGGCUCUCUACCGGCCGUGCUGAGUGCAAAAUACGUCGCUCCGACAGCCCGCGUCGUCGUGGUAGCCGAGUCUGGAAAGACCGCGCUCCCUGGACGGUCGGACGAUCACUUCGGGUGUUCACAACGCGCUUAA